UCAGGACUCGGAUAUUCGCAGAGAAAUGUCCGGAGAAAACACACUCGCUAUCGUGUGAAGGAAGCGCAGUCAUUCAGCGGCUGCCUGGUUGAGUCUACACCGCUCUCAUGUGUGCUUUAAGAUCAGAGGGGAGGGAGGUUCCAGUGUUUUACUGCGCGCUCAGCGUUACACUCGUUUAUUCUACUUAGAUCCCUGAGAGAGAGAGAGAGAUGGCAGAAGUGGCUCCCGCGCCCGCCGCCGCGCCGGCCAAAGCGCCCAAAAAGAAAGCAGCUUCGCGGCCAAAGAAAGCCGGGCCUAGCGUCGGCGAGCUGAUCGUCAAAGCGGUUUCCGCAUCCAAGGAGAGGAAUGGCGUGUCUCUUGCUGCCGUGAAGAAAGCUCUGGCUGCCGGUGGAUACGAUGUGGAGAAGAACAAGUCCCGCGUCAAGCUCGCCGUCAACAAUCUGGUGAAAAAAGCAGUCUUGGUUCAGACCAAAGGCACCGGCGCGUCUGGCUCUUUUAAGCUGAACAAGAAGCAGGCCGAAGCCAGGAAAACCGCACCCAAAGCGAAGAAGCCGGCCGCCAAAAAGCCCGCGGCGGCGAAGAAGCCCAAGAAGGUAGCGGCCAAGAAACCCGCCGCCGCCAAGAAGUCUCCUAAGAAGGCAAAGAAACCUGCCGUUGCCGCCAAGAAAGUCACCAAAAGCCCAAAGAAGGCGAAAAAGCCGGCGACCCCUAAAAAGGCAGCGAAGAGCCCCAAGAAGGCGAAGGCAGUCAAGCCCAAGACUGCCAAGCCUAAAGCAUCCAAGGCUGCCAAGCCUAAAGCGCCCAAGGCGAAAAAGGCAGCUCCUAAAAAGAAGUAAACAUGUUAAAUUUAUUUCUUUCAUAUUUCCCCCUGAACGGCUCUUUUAAGAGCCACCCACG